CUGGAGCGGAUGGGCUUCGACCUGCGCGCUGCCUGGCGCAUCAGCACGGCCAACCAGGAAUACAAGCUGUGCCCGUCGUACCCGCGCUACCUCCUGGUGCCGUUGUCGAUCAGCGACGACAUGCUGGAGAAGGUGGCCAGGUUCCGGGCGCUGCGGCGCGUCCCGGCCGUAUGCUGGAGACACGGCCGGACGGGCGCCGUGCUGGCGCGCUCCGGCCAGCCAGAGGUGGGCUGGCUGGGCUGGCGCUCCGCCGAGGACGAGGAGCUGGUCAAGGCGCUCAGUGAGGCGUGCGCCGCCAACCGGCUGGCGGCCGAGGCGGCGCACCCGGCCGCCGCGCACGCCAACGGCGACGUGCCCAGCUUGCGCGACCUUUCCGAGGAGGCGCUACUCUUCAAGAACACCGAGAAGGUGGUGAUCGUGGACGCGCGCAGCUACGCGGCCGCCGUGGCGAACCGGGCGCGCGGCGGCGGCGUCGAAUGCCACGAGUACUACCCCAACAGCGAGGUGGUCUUCAUGAACCUGCCCAACAUCCACGCCGUGCGCAAGUCGUACCAGGCGCUGCGUGCGCUCCUCUCGGCGCCCACCGACCAUUCCAACUGGUUCCAGUCGCUGGAGGCCACCCGGUGGCUGUCGCACAUGUCCGCGCUGCUGCGAGCCGCCGUCAGCGUAGUGCGUCACAUGGACGAGCAGGGCCGGCCGGUGCUGGUCCACUGCAGCGACGGCUGGGACCGCACGCCCCAGAUCACCGGACUCGCCCAGAUCAUGAUGGAUCCGCACUGCCGCACCAUCGACGGCUUCCAGGCGCUGCUGGAGCGCGAGUGGCUCGACUUUGGCCACAAGUUCGCCGACCGCUGCGGCUCGGGCGUCUGCACGGAGGACCUGAACGAGCGCUGCCCCGUCUUCCUGCAGUGGCUCGACUGCGUGUACCAGCUGACGCAGCAGUUCCCCUGCGACUUCCAGUUCAACAUGGCCUACCUGGUGAAGCUCGUCCACCACACCUACUCCAACCUGUUCGGCACGUUCCUGUGCAACUCUCCGCGGGACCGGGACGCGGCUGAGCUAGCGAGCAGCACGUACUCCGUGUUCGCCUACCUCCGCACCAACCGCGACCGCUUCACCAACUACCUGUACAUUAACCGCGGCAAGGUGCUGACGCCGUCCGUGCACCCGCGCGACCUAAGCCUGUGGUCGGCCGUGUACCUGGGCUCGCUGCCGCCCUGCUCGGACGACGUGCUGGUCCGCCUGCCGCCGCCCGAAGAGCCGGCCGACACGGCCGGCAAGCAGCUGGUGCGCACGCGCAGCUGCGAGGACCUCACCGAGCGGAAGGAGCUGACGCGCACGGCCAGCGACCCCAGCCUGCUUGACACGUGCGGCAAGGAGGCGGAGGCGGAGGCGGCGUGUACCAACGGCGACGCGACCGGCGCCGAGGAGCGUGACGCCGACUCCGGUCUGCCGGACGCCUCGCCGGAGGGCAGCGAGGCGGCGGCUGGCUCGAGCGGCGCCGCCACCGGCUCGACGGACACGCUGGCGAGCCAGGAGCGCCGCGAGCGCAGCACCAGCACCACCGACAUCAGCCACUCGGGCGUGCGCCAGCGCUGCCUCUGCCACCAGCUGCGCCGGCUGAUGGGGCAGCCGGCGCGCGCCAGCCCCGGCCACAGCCGCACGCCCAGCUCGGGCUUCCCGGCCACGCCAAACGACGACAGGCUCUCGGAGCGGACGUCCGACUCCCCCUCCUGCCGCCGUCUGGAGCUGGACGGCCUGCCCCGGGUCAAGGACGACAUGCACCAGCGGCUCUAUCACAUGCACAUCGCGCACAAGAGCGAAGUGGAGGCACUGCGCCGGGACCUGCAGAUGACGCGUCUGGCGCUCUGCAACCAGGUGGCGUACCAGUGCUCCGGCGGCCGGCACGGUGACCGGCCGGAUGACGCGGAGCUGGCGGCGGCGCUGGAGGAGCAGCUGUCGGUGGGCCGUCAGUCGUCGACGUCUGACGUGAGCUGGGAGGCGGUGGAGGAGGCGGACGCGCGACCGCAGCUCUGGGUGCCGGACUACGCAGCCGCCCGCUGCGCUGGCUGCGACACCGAGUUCUGGCUCGGCCGUCGCCGCCACCACUGCAGGAACUGCGGCAACGUAUACUGCGCCGACUGCUCCAAGUACGAGGCGACCAUCCCGCGCGAGCAGCUGUACUCGCCGGUGCGCGUGUGCUCGCGCUGUUUCGCCCAGCUGAGCUCGUCGCGCGUCUCGCCAGACCCUGCCGUCUGCGGGCCGUGCCGCCGCGCCGAGGAGGGCGCCUCGGACGGCGCGCCGGCGCGGACCGAAAACGGCGCCGCGUGA